ACUUCGAUGUCGUCGUCGUCCACCCGAAACAGAAGGCAAAUAAGUGGACUGCAAAUAUCGAGCAUGCGACUCUCGAAGGCCUCAAAGAUUAUAUACGUAAGAUGUAUCAACCACCCGCACUUGAAAAUGAUGGGGCGGAACUCAACUUAAUAAAUGAUGGAGAGAAAUACUUCCCUCAUAAUGAUCAAGACCUUCGUGAGAUGCUCCGCAUGUUCGUAUCAAAGAACAAUAUCAAGUUUACCAUGUUCAUAGAAACGCCCUCAAAAGCUUUCUCGGAUUGGUUUUUCCCAAAAUACAAAGACUUGGAAAAUGAUUCUUCCCGGGUAAUACAUCGAAAUCUUAUAACCAAGCGUCUCAAGUCCAUUUCAAUCAGUGGGAACGAAGCAUCAAAAUCACAGACCCAAUGGGUAUGGCCCAGUCGAUUUUGCAAUAGACUUACUCCAAACCACAAAAACGGUUGGCGUGACAGAAGGGAUGAGGAUUUUUACAAGGGUAUUGCUCAGAAUGCCGUGCAACUUGAAUCAGCUUUAUCAAACCGUAAGUGUAAAGCAAGUGAGAUGGAAGAUGAGAAGCCAUCGUUUAAGCUAUCAAAACCGGUUACUGUUGUGUACGAUGAUGAAGAUUUGCAAGCUAAGGUGGGAAAGGUUCUCGGUCAUAUUGCAUGGUUGUUAGAGGAGGCACAGAAGCCGGAUUCUGAUUCUCAAAGUGAAGAAAGGGUAAUAAAAAAACAUAGGUCAUCGAGCAAUCUUACCGGAAAGUCAGAUAAAUAG